UUUUCUUUCAAUUUUAGAGACAUUCGCCUAUAUUAUAAAUUUGAAUCUUUAUCAUCAAAUAAAUAUAAUGAUCGCCUUAAAAUAUGUGGUUUCAGCGAUAUAACGGAUACGCGAUAACCCGAUUGCAAGUAUCGCAAGUAGACAGCAGGGAGCGGAGUGUGAAAUACUUGGAUCAUAAAUAGGCAAACAUACUUUUUGCCAGAAACUAAUUGCGAAUUUGUCGUAGUUCGUGGGUAUCGCGAACUGUUCCGAGAUUUUUUUAGGGUUAGGUUUCACUGAUAAUGAAUUUGACUGCAUAGACAACAUCGGAUCAAAAUGACUGCUAACAAACAGUAUGGUCUGAUUUUGCCAAAAAAGCAAGAACAGAAACCAGUAAAGCUCGUCAAUGUUUUCGGCGACGAUGAUGCUUCUGACGAAGACGGCGGCACUGAUUGGUUCAAGAAGGCUAUUUUGGCGGGGGGCAAGCAGAACAAGAUAAAGAAACAGACAAAACUCAACAUGCAGAAAGCAUUGGACGAGGACCCGACGAUUUAUCAGUACGAUGAAGUAUACGAUGCCAUGGAGCAAACCAAAAGCAAAGCGGAUGCCGGUAAGCAUAAAGACAAGAAACCCAGGUACAUCGAAAAUCUGUUGAAAACGGCCGAGCGCAGGAAAAAGGAGCAAGAGCACAGAAUCGAGAGGAUGGUGCAGAAGGAACGUGAAGCUGAGGGUGAGAUGUACGCGGAUAAGGAAAGCUUCGUCACAUCAGCGUACAGGACCAAACUGGAAGAGUUUAAGAAGAUGGAAGAGGAGGAGGACAAAAUGAGCAGAUUGGAAGCUAUCGGUGAUGUGACAAAACAGCAAGAUAUGUCAGGAUUCUACCGUCAUCUGUAUGAACAAACUGUUAACUAUCAGGAUCAGAGUAACGACGAUAAAAGUGGCAAGACGAAGGAAAAGGAUACUGAACCAGAGAAACAGAGAAUUUCAGCGGACGAUUCAGGUGAAGCAAGAGAGAAUAGAACGAUAAAUGAAACGACAAAUGUAACGGAUGAAAGAUCAAGAGCAGUCGCAAAACAUAAAAAGCCAAGGCAAUACAGACAAAGAGUGAUAGAAACGUAUGAAUCUGAUCCAGAAAGCGAAGCGAGUAAAGAGGACUUGCAGCAAAAUCAAACCGUCACUUCAUCAAUUAACGAGGAUACGGAUAAGUUGAAAAUAGAAGAGCCGGAGAGAAAGAAACAGAAGUGUGAUGUAAGUGACGUGGAAACGGAUAAACAUGCCACAAAUACAAAAACUAAAGAUUCCAGGAUGAAAGAUGGCAAAACACCAACUCAAGAUGGUGAGGAAAUUGUACCAGAUAAUGAAAAAGUUGUAACCGAAAGGAAAGCCGUUGACAAGGAAAAUAGGUCCUCUAUCUGGGAGAAAAGAACGAUAGGCCCAGUAUUUGAAGCAGCGUUACAAAGAUAUUAUGCAAGGAAAGCAGCUAGGCUGGUUGCGGUAUAAUUUUAGAUGUGAUUAACUUAUAAAUAUUUCACUGUUAUACAACCUGUGUGAUACCGUUUCCGUUUCAAUAUUACAUAAAAUAUCCUUCAUUAAAUAUUGUCUGUAUUACUUCGAACUUCUUAAGUGGUCAAAUCAAAAUAAAUUAUUCGAGUCGCAAAUUUAAA